AACAUUCAAUAUUAACAAACUAGAUUCCCACACUUAAAAAAGGUUCUAAUUAUUUAUUUAUAUAAAACCAAAUGUAACUCAUAUAAAAGCAGGUAGACGACUCUAUUGCUUUCCAAAUCAAUUCUAAAUCGAAAGUAGCAAUGAAUCUUGUAUUCUCCUCCUCCUCCUCCUCCUCCUCCUCCUCCUCUCCCUCAGUCUUGCUCAGAAAGCUCACAAGAACUAGUCAUCCAAGAAUGCUUGUUCCAGCACUGCUGGUACAAGCGUAUCAGACAAGAAGAGGACAAGCCAUUGUCUCAAACUCAUCAUCAUCAAAGGUCAUUGAUCAUCCUCCUGCAGCUCAACGCCGAUUAGCUCAAUACCAUCCAACCAUUUGGGGUCCCGACCUCAUCGAUUCCUUCACGACUCACUACACUCAUGAAUCACAUGCCACACGGUGGGAGGGUCUAAAGCAGAAUGUAGCCAAAGCCUUAGUCGCAUCCAGUACUAAAGACGAUGCUUGCUCCAUUUUGAAGCUUAUAGCCUCGGUGCAGCGGUUGGGAGUAGCAUACCACUUCCGAAAGGAGAUCCAAGCAGCUCUUGUUACUCUUCUUUCUUCCACUAGUACCCUUAGUACCACAAAUGACCUUCAUACAGCAGCCUUGCAAUUUCAAAUACUAAGAGAAAAUGGUAUAUCAGUAAGCUCAGAUUUGUUUAACAAGUUUAGAAGUGGAGAAGGAAGCUUCAAAGAUAGCUUAAGCAACGAUGUGGAGGGACUUUUGAGUUUGUAUGAAGCCUCACACCUCGGAAUGCCAGGAGAAGAUGUUCUAGAGGAAGCCAAGAGAUUUAGUUCAAAAAAUUUGAAACAAUCCAUGGCAACAAUAUUGAACGACGAUAAUCUACUGAAGCAAGUAGAGCAAUCACUGCAAAGCCCUGUACACUGGAGGAUGCCUAGGAUAGAAGCUCUGAACUUCAUCGAUAUCUACCAAAUAAGGGACGACUCUAAGAACCUGGCACUGCUGGAGUUGGCUAAAUUGGACUAUAAUCUUGUUCAAUCAGUAUAUCAAAUUGAGAUAAAAGAGCUCUCUAGGUGGUGGAGAGAGUUGGAUUUUAAAUCGAAGGCAAGUUUCUCAAGGGACAGACUGAUGGAGAACUACUUGUGGGCAAUGGGGAUUAGUCACGAGCCCCAGUUCUCAGAAUGCAGGAUAGGCCUCACCAAGUUUGUGUGCAUAUUAACAGUCAUUGAUGACAUGUAUGAUGUAUAUGGAUUCCUGGAUGAGCUUGAGUGCUUUACAGAUGCAGUAAUUCAAUGGAAUAUGGAAGCAACGGAGGAACUUCCCGAGUACAUGAAGCCAAUCUAUGUUGCCAUGCUCGAGUUUGGCAAUGAAUUGGCUGAUAAUAUAUUCACAAAUAAUGGUUUAAACACCCUCCCUUAUAUUAAGAACGAGUGGGUUAAUCUUUGUACAGCCUAUAUGGUGGAAGCACGGUGGUUCUACGGCCGAUACACACCAACUCUGGAAGAGUAUUUAAAGAAUUCAUGGACUUCAGUGGGUGGCCCUGGAGCAAUGCUCCAUGCUUAUUUGUUAACGCAAGGAUCCCAACUAACAAAAGCUUCACUUGAGUCCUAUAACCAUGGCUCUCAGCUGAUAUAUUGGGCAUCUCUCAUGACUCGACUCAGCGAUGAUUUGGGCACUUCCAAGAUCGAACCAGAAGCACCUGCGGUGCAUGAAAGUGGAUUCCGAUGGCGAAGCGGCGGCGUCGUCGACAGCGAAGAAGAGGGGAUCGAGGCGGUGGGGGAGAAGGGUAAGGAGGGGAGGGGAAUCGGAGGGGCAGUUCGACAGGCGGAGGAUCGAGAGCGCCGGCGACAGCGAAGAGGAGGUGAGGGAAGAGGAGGUGCUUUGAAUAUUUAAAAAUUUAAAAAUUUAGAUUUUUCUAUUUGUAGAAAAAUCUGCCGGCGAAGAAGGAGUUUAUCUUCUUCUGUUUGUUCAUGUCGUAGACGGAGACGGUUCUGUCGUCGCUGUCGUCAUCAAGGUCCAAUCCUAAAGCUAAGUUGUCCCAGAGCUUCACGACGCUCUUGCCGCUGGCGAAGUCGGACCAAGAGAACCGGUUUAAGUUCAAGCCCGCGAAGCUUCUGCCACGGCGGAGCCUCAAAUUACGGUUCUGUCCCCGGUCAGCUCCCGAGACAUUGAAAUCUUCGUCUCUUCUGUCGUCCUCUUCUUCCUCGUCCUCGUCGGAAACCGACGAUGACGUGGAAAUGGAAUAUGUUUCGUCAUCGUCGUCGUCGAUAUCGGAGAAAUCGUCUUCUUCUCGGAGGCAGAGAGGCUCGGCGGUCUUGUGGCGGAGCCGUCGGAUGAUAACAAAGUUGAUUCUAGUGAUGAUGGUGCCGAAGGAAGCUAUUACGGCGAGUAUUAGAGCGCCCCAUGUCCAGGCACUGUAGACCUUUUCGAUUCCGGAAAUGGAGAAAGCCGGCGACGGGAAAGACGGGCUAGGCAACUCGAAAUCGCUUAUUCUAUUCACUACUGGGAUUUCCGUCAAAGAGCUAGUUGAAGUUGAAGUUUAUGGUUUAGUUGGGAAGGAGGUUUUGGAAAGAGUGGGGGAUUGGUAUGCAUUCACAAUCAAUGACCAAACCCUGAAGCACAUUCAUUCUUAAACAUAAACUAACAUAAAAUCAAACCCAGAAUUCAAAGCA